UGCUAAUAAUAUAUUAGUUUCGUGUUUAUUUCGUGGUCGGUCGGUUUCGUGGUUAUGUUUAAUAAAAUAUGACAAAUGCUGCAGUAAUUGUGUUGUGUUUAGUGUUGGGCUGCAAACAAAUCCGAAACUUUAUAACAUUCGACGUUGGUUAGAUUUUAUGUUAUUUGGCAUUCGCGUACAUUUUCGUUUCGCUCUGCCUACAUGGGCAUCGCUGUCGUCGCGAUUUUCUUGGUCUUUCCAUAUAUGAAUAGAGAGAGAAACAAAGAGCUCCCUCAAUCUUGCUUUUAUGCAGCGAAGCACUUUUUUUGUUUUUUCCUCGUUUGACUUUUACAAUUAUUUGGAAGCGCACUACAAAAGCCAAAGUAAUGAGACUAAAGUUAAGUUGGAACAAAAGGACAUAGACAUUUGGCUUCAAAUCAAGACAAAUGAAUGCAACGAACCGUGGCUACUUCGAUUGCAUUCGCCCUUGCAUAUCAUCCACCAUGUUCCAGCAAUUGUUUAUAGCCGCCUUUACGCUAUGCUUGACCGCCAUCAAUAUGAUGACCUUUGAAAGGACAUUUGCUGAGCAGGUCUUUUCGGUGGUCUAUUUGGGUGUAAUUCUUAUACAAAUAAUGCCCGCCUGCAUGUGUGUCAAUUACAUGAUGACCGAGACUCAUUUUCUCACCACAGCCAUGUAUAGCUGCAAUUGGAUGGACCAGAAUUUUGAAUUUCGUCGCAUUUUAAUCAUUUUUAUGCAACGUUCACAAAAAUCGAAUGUCGUAAAUGCAGGAAAUAUAAUUUCUGUAUCGCUGGCAACAUUUUUGGCGAUUCAAAUGUGCAAGUGAUAAAAUCAACCGAACAGGUGCAGGCAAAGAGUAAAAGAAAAUCUCUGAUAAU